AUGCCGGCGAAGCGCCCACGGCAAGAUCCAGUGUCCUGCCAGCUAUGUCGGUCCAAGAAGCUCCGCUGUAGCCGGCAGCACCCCUGCUCUAACUGUGCCGCCCGGGGAGUGACGUGCACCUAUGCGGCCGAUCCUCCACCACAACCGCGCAGCACCCAAGUAGAAGAUCCCACCGUCAGUGCACGCCUCAGACGCCUCGAAGAGGCCGUAGAAGCCCUCCGCUCAAGCGCUCUGCCUCCCUUAACGCCGGUGUCAGCAGAUUCACCCGCUGCAGCCCUCGACUGGCUCGAAGAUGCCGGCAUCAAGUCUACCAACCAGCACAUCCAGACAUCUCAUCACAACUCCGGAGGACCGAGCUUCACCGUUGUCCAAAUCUCAGGCUCAACCGAAGUCCCGCCAUCAUCGCCAUCCUUUCUCCCUACUUUGUCCGAAACCCUCCGCCUCUUCACGCACUACAACGACGAAGUCGGCUACCUGCACCACAUCGUGCACACCCCGACCACGACGACCACGAUCCACGACAUCUACGCAGCCCUCCCCUCCCGCAUGCACCUGCCCUCCACCGCCCUCCUCCUGGUCAUCCUCGCCGCAUCCGCGCACUUCUGGGACCCGACCGUCGGCAUCUUCAACUCAGCCGCCAACGCCCGCUGCGUUUCGCGCCUCUGGCUGAGCGAGGCGCUCAAGACGCUCGACCAGUCCCGCGCUUCCAACGCGCCGGCCUUGGAAGACGUGCAGGCAACCAUUAUCGCCUCCUACCUCGCCUACAAUACGCAGGGCUACUCGGCGCAGUUCCGCCUGCUGCAAACCACCGCCCUCGAGCUGGCGCGGCAGGCGCAGCUGCACAAGACUGACGCGCCUGGCCUCGCCUCCUCCUCGCAGCAGCAACAGCCACGCGGGGACGACCCGCUCCGCGACGAGAUGAAGAGGCGCGUCUGGUGGCACAUCGUCGCGACCGACUGGCUCCUAUCCUUCACCUCCGGGCCCCAAGAAGGCACCUAUCUCGUGCAACCGCGGCACAUGGCCGUCCGGCAACCCCUGAACUCGAGCGACGCCGACCCUUUGAUCGCUGUCGACCCGGCAACCCAUCCGACAGCCAUGUCAUUUUUUCACUACCGCACGCGCUUUGCCAUCAUCUGCCGCACCGUCGCCGACGCGUUGCCGUCGCUGCCGUUUGAUUUGCGGCGGGUGGAUGCGGCGACGAUUAGGAGGCUGGAUGGGUUGUUUGAGGGGUUUUUUGGGGGGUUGCCGGGGUAUUUUAGGAUGGGGGUGAGGGAGGGGGGAAAGGGGGGAGGGGAGAAUGAGGGGCUGCUGCCGCGGUUGGAGACGCAGCGGCUGUUGCUUCAUUUGUGUGCGAACAUGCGGCGGUGUAAGCUGCAUCAGCCGUGGUUGGUGCCGCGCGCGGGAGAGAAGCAGGAGAAAGACAGGGCGUUUUCGAGGGGGAUUUGCCUCGAGUCGGCGAGGAAAGUGGUUGCUGCGGCGCAGAGGUUCGAGGAGGAUGAGGAGAGGAGGCGGGUGCAGCGUGGGGGUGGGGGGUGUGGGGAGGGGAGGCUGAGUACCGUCGUGCAUCACGUGGCCAUGGCGGCGGUGGUGUUGGUUGUCGAUUUGUGCUUUUCGGGGUUGGCGGAGGGGACGGAGGAGAGGGAGAGGAGGCAGGCAGAGAUUGGGGAGGCGUGUCGGGUGCUAGAGAGGGCGAGGAAGGAGAGCGAGAUGGCGGCGAGGUUUUUGACGUCGUUGGGGGAAAUGCUUAAGAUCCAUGGGGUGGAUUUGCGGAUUACAGUGGAAGAGCAGCCUGAUUUAUUAGGGGUGCGAAGCCCGGAUGUCACCGUUGGUGGUGGCGAUGAUGGCUUUGAAGCCUUGUUGCAGAGUUGUGCGGACAUGGGUGGGGCAAUGGAUAUUUCGGGAUGGGAAGAUCUAUUUGCAAGCUUCAAAUCCUACCCGCAAUAUUUUGAUUUCGUAGGAGCAAUUACCGGUACUUAG